CAAAUCCUCCCCAACAAAUGUCUUUGUCAGUCUCUUCGAGCUCAAGGUGUGCUUCUUCAUCCCAGAGGCGUUGGGCCUCCCCAAGCAGGUCGCCGGUGAGAUACAGGGUGGGUCCACUGGACUAUGAACCUGCGACGCCAUGCUGGUGCAAGGAGAAACCCAAGGCUGCCAUGUGGAUCUCCUGGAGCGACGAUAACCCUGGGAGAAGAUACAAGACAUGCGCCAAGUCGCGGAUGGGAGGUUGUGAAAUGUACGAGUGGCAUGACGAUCCCAUUGAGGAACCAUUCCUCAAACAACUCAUCACUGAUCUCUGCGACAGGGUGCGUCAGUUAGAGAGGAUCAGCUCAGAGUUGCGUGAUGCAGCAAGUGCAGUGCCACAACACCAAACUCCCCAGCUAGAAGUUGCUCCUGCUCCUACAGAUAAUUUAGCUCUGAAUCAAGGAUCUGGCUACGUGAAGGCAUUUGCAAUGUUCGUGCUGCUGGCAGCAUUCUGUUACAAGUGCUUCUAUGGUUAGGAGCAACAAUCUUGUAACUUCAUCCACAAGUAGGUGUAAGCCUUGUGUUCUAG